AUGCAUGUCAGCUGCAAGUCGUGUCUCAAUGCGCUGGCCACUGAAACCCACAUCAGCAUGAGGGCUGGAGAGCCAGAGUGUGACAAAGACCUGCUGAUUGACAUCCUGACUCAGCGCUGCAAUGCCCAGAGGCUGAUGAUUGCAGAGGCCUACCAGAGCAUGUACGGCAGGGACCUGAUUGGCAUGCUGAAGGAGCAGCUUUCUGAUCACUUCAAGGACGUCAUGGUUGGCCUCAUGUACCCGCCACCAUCCUAUGAUGCACACGAACUCUGGCACGCCAUGAAGGGAGCAGGCACCGAUGAGAACUGCCUCAUUGACAUAUUAGCUUCGAGAACCAAUGGAGAAAUUUUCCAGAUGCGGGAAGCCUACAGUUUGCAAUACAACAACAACCUCCAAGAGGACAUUCAGUCAGAGACCUCGGGACACUUCAGAGACACCCUCAUGAACCUGGUCCAGGCAACCAGACAGGAGGGCUACACGGACCCCGCCAUGGCCGCCCAGGACGCAAUGGUGCUGUGGGAGGCCUGCCAGCAGAAGACCGGGGCGCACAAAACCAUGCUCCAGAUGAUCCUGUGCAACAAGAGCUACCAGCAGCUGUGGCUGGUUUUCCAGGAAUUUCAAAAUAUCUCUGGGCAAGACAUAGUAGAUGCCAUCAAUGAUUGUUACGACGGAUACUUCCAGCAGCUGCUGGUUGCCAUUGUGCUCUGUGUUCGAGAUAAACCAGCCUACUUUGCUUAUCGACUGCACAGUGCCAUCCAUGACUUUGGUUUCCAUAAUAAAACCGUGAUCCGGAUCCUCAUUGCUAGAAGUGAAAUAGACUUGAUGACCAUAAGAACACGGUACAAAGAGAGAUAUGGGAAAUCCCUGUUUCAUGAUAUCAGACACUUUGCUUCAGGGCACUAUAAGAAGGCACUGCUGGCCAUCUGUGCUGGUGACAUGGAGGACUGCUGACACAGAGGGGAGGAUGGGGAGCGCCGGGCACUCUUCACAGACACAUCAGAGCACAGAGUGUGACACAUGCGUUGUCACUCACACCACCACCAAACUACAAGAUCAAAUUUUCUCUUCUGUCUGUAAAAUUAUUCCAAAAUCUAUGAAUGAAAAUCUAUGAUCAAGGAUUUGCACCUGUUAUUUGAUCAUCAAAGAAUUAAUUUGUAUAUGAUGGAAUAAUAACAAUAUUGCCAUGGAAUACGGUGUUUUGGUUUUUCUUCAAGACUUAAUCAUUUGAAAGGCAGAGUUAACACAGAGGGAGAGAUAGAGAAUGAAAGAGAGAGAUCCUCCAUCUGUGGUUCACUACCCAAAUGGCCACAAGCAGCCAGGAACCUAGAACUCCAUCCAAGUCCUCCAUGUGGGUACAAGGACCCAAGCACUUGAACCAUCUUUGUCUGCUUUCCCAGGUACACUGGCAGGGAACUGGAUCAGAGGUAGAGCAGCUGGGUGUUCUUAUGGGAUACUAAUGUCACAGGUGGCAGCUUAAUCCACUGUGCCGGCCCCAGAAUAGGUUUUAUUUAAAUGAGAAUUAUCUGUACCCGACAGGGAAUCUACUCAAGACUUUCCUUAGUGUAUUUUGGGACAGCAAGGAAAAUGCAUUGUGUGAUCAUCCUAUUUAGAGGAAUUUUCAAACUUCUGUAAAAAUACAAUAAAGUUCAAGUGAACUCCUAUGGCAG